AUGGCUCCCAUAGAAGCCUUGCAAGGCGAGCUUGAGAAGCUGCUCGAUCAGGAUGCGAGCUGCAUCGUCUUGAAGCCAGUGGCUUUGCGCAAGGAUGCGGCCAUCUCCAGCCAAUUCCUGGGACACCUGGAUGUCGGGCGACGCUGCAAGGUCGUCCAGGCAUCCGCACCAACGUCGGGGGAAGCGCGUCGUGCGCUGGUGGUAGACGAGUCAGGCCGCCAAGGUUGGAUCACGGCCAUCAGCAGAGAGGGCGAGCCUCAUGUAGCCCUGCCGAGCGCAGCAGUCAAGUCACUGUCCGUGCUGUCGCAGGUCACGGUGGGCUCGCAGCUCGAAGUGCUUUGCAUGCUCGCUGUGCGCAGCGGGGAGGCCCUCAGCAGUCCUUUCCUUGACACGCUGCUGCCGCACAGUAGGAUCAAAGUGUUGGAACUGGCCCCCGAGUCUGCAUCUCUGCAGAGGAGGGCCCUGGUGUCAACUCUGAUAGCCGAGCCCAACGAGGAGCACAUCCAGGGCUGGGUCAGCCUCUCCAGCUCCACGGGGGCCCUCUUGGUCAGGUUCAUGAAGGCCGGCACCGCCAUGGCCAAGCUCCCGAAGGGGCACGGCAAGCCUUCUGCCAACGAGGGCAACGACCACGAUGCGACUGAUGCGAGGAAGCGCGUUCACAUGGUGACACGGCUGCUGGAGCUGGCGAGGGCUGGCGACUUGGAGGGCUUCAGGGCGAUUGCUGAGGCCGCGCGCAACAGCGAGGAGCGCUCGCCAAUGUCACCGUCGAAGAAUGCGCACACGCUAAUCAACCGCAGCGACAUCCGUGGUCGCACGGCUCUGAUGUAUGCCUCUGCCAUUGGCAGCCGAGACAUCGUUGAUUACCUCCUGAGCACGGGGGAGGUGUACGUGAAUGCCAUGGAUGACACGCAGAAGACGGCUCUCCAUCAUGCCGCCAAGAGCUCGAAGGCGGAGAUCCUCCGCCUGCUGCUGCGGGCUGGCGCGAUGACGGAUGCUCGUGACCACAACGGCUGCACGGCGCUCAUAUUUGCGGCAGGCACAGGGGACCCGGAUGGUGUGCAGGUACUCCUGGAGAAGGGAGCGAAUCCCAACGCGCGCGACUAUCAGGGGAACAGCGCGCUCUCCUAUGCCCAUGACUUCGAUCACAAGGAGGUCAUGGAGAAGCUCAUCGCGGCCGGGGCUGAGGACGCCGAGGAGGAAGAAGGCGACUCUGUGGUAAAGAGCCGCAAGAAGCGGGUGAGGGCUGAGACUGUGAACCAGGCUGACUUGGCCCACGACUUAACUAUCUUCAAGCUGGAAUAUGAUAUGUUUGGAGAACCUUCCUCGCCCCCAAACGAGGAAGUGGCGGCCAAGUUGGCUGUGCUGGAUGAGGACGAAGAGCUCUCAGAAGAGGACGCCCGUCCGUGGCAGCUGUCGGGGGUGGAUAGCGAUGUUAUUUUGACCCGCGUCCCGGGAAACCUUUAA